AUGUAUUGCCAGAAGUGUCGUACUCCGCUAAAACUGGACGGUUCCCUUGAAGCGCUCAAUCCGGCCGCCUUUGACUUGCUUAUCGGUUCUACAGGUAAAGCUGUGCCAGAUCCCUCAACUGGAUCAUCUCGUCUCUCCUAUCCCCAGGAGCGUCGGGAUCUCUACGAUCGUGUUUCGAAAAAUGCAUCAUCCCCGGUAUAUCGGAGGUCGAUUCCGGCGCCUAGACAGUCUGGCGGCAGUUCAGCUACACCGUCCAGGCUGGGGCGAGGAGAUAGUGGCAAUAUGUCGUUUGUUAUGCUGACAGAGUCCCAACUCGGCCCAUCGCAUACUAUCCCUGGAGUAAAUGGCGAUAGCGCGUCGUCCAAGGGCAAACGUGCAUCCGGGGUACAGGGCGACGAUUCCGGCGCAGAUAAUGGGUCAUUUGCGGAACAGGUUGAGCGAACCUGUCGUUUGUUUGAGAUUAUCUCGGCUCGUUCUGAUAUUGAUCAUCCGAUUUGCACAGAAUGUACGGAUAUGCUGGUCGAGGGGCUACAACAGCGGCUUGCGGAGGCGACGAAGGAGCGGGACGCAUACAUCACCUUUCUACGGAACCUGAACUCGUCGGUCCCAACACAGGAGGAGGUUGAAACAGCUGAGAAGUCUCUUAAAGAGACUUUGGAAGCCGAGGAGGCGGCAUACGCAGAACUGGUUGCGUUGGAAAAGGAAAAUGCUGCCUUGGACGAGGAGAUUGCUCGGUUAGAAGAGGAGUCUCGCCAACUAGAUUACGAAGAGGAAAAGUUUUGGCGCGAUCGGAAUGCGUUCUCGUUGGUGCUUGCUGAUUUCCAGAAUGAGCGGGAUGCGUUGAAUAUGAAAUAUGACCACGACUCUCGCCAGCUGGAAAGACUGCAGCGAACCAAUGUUUACAAUGAUGCCUUCUGUAUUGGCCAUGACGGCUAUUUUGGAACAAUCAACGGCCUCCGACUCGGCCGCCUGGCAAACCCUUCGGUCGAAUGGCCUGAGAUAAACGCUGCCUGGGGCCAGACUGCGCUGCUGCUGGCUACCAUAGCGGAGAAACUGAACUUUCAGUUCCAGGGGUACCGGCUGCGGCCGAUGGGCUCGAUGUCCAGAAUCGAUAAGAUCGAGUAUCCGCGACCGUCACCGGCGCAAUCGACCGUUGAAGGAGCUAGCAAUGCCCAUCAACCAGCGGCACCCAAGAUCACCAGCCUUGAUCUGUUCUCCUCAGGCGACCUGCCGCUCCAUAUCCCAUGGCUUCACCGCCGGUUCGAUGCAGGAAUGGUGGCCUUUCUGGAAUGUCUACGUCAACUGGGGGAGUUUGUGGAAAAAACACCCGUACGCUCGAGUCGCCGGGACCAGGCCGGAGCUGUCCUGCCCGGUUUGAAGUUGCCAUACGCUAUCAAACGAGAUAAGAUUGGCGAUGCCAGUAUCAAGCUUGGGUUCAACCAAAACGACGAGACCUGGACGCGCGCCUGCAAGUAUACCUUGACGUGUUGUAAAUUCUUGUUGGCCCAUGCUAGCAACAUUGCUAGCGCAGGCUCGACCAACUCAGCCGCUGUGACAGCAGCAACCGUUGCCGAGCAAGCCAGAGUGGCGCCCAGUCCUACUAACAAAUAG